AUGCAUAGUAAAUCACCUGAAAUAAAAAAAACUUUUAUAGAUCUCGUACUCGAAAAUGCCGAAACAGCGUUCGAAAAGUUAAAAAAUAAACGGUUAAGUGAUAAGGAGUUAGGUGACAAAGGAUUGGAUGUAACGAAACGUGGUAAAGAAUUAUUAAAAGAAAUUAAGAGCAUUGAUGAUAAAACUGGCAACAACAAAUUUCAAACCUUCAUCGAAGAGUCCAUAGAUUUUCAAAAUCUUAAAUCUCAAUUCUUUGAAAUUGAUCUUUGUGCCACUUAUUAUGAUAAUAUUAAUAUUAAGGAAGAUAUUGAAGACGAACUCUAUAGUACAAUAGAUAAGAUGAAUAAAAGGAUUGACGAAUUGAAAAAGUCAAUUAAAGAGUGGCCAGGCAAAGGCAAAAGAGACGAUUGGAAAACAAUCAAAAAUAUAUUAGCGUUAUUUGGAAUAUUAAAUACGAUUAAAAGACAACAAGUUGGUUGUAAUAUUACUGAAAGUGAGCUUUCAGGUGGUGGAUUAGUUAGAGGAAGUAAUGAUCAUAUAAUUCAACGAGAUUAUCGAAAAGACAAUGUUGCAGCAGAGACUGCUGGUAAAAUUUUGAUAUAUAAAGUUGCAGAAAAGGCUACUCAUAAACAUUUAGAUGAAUUGAAGAGAGAAAUUAAUUUGAUGCGAGACCUUUGUGAAUGUUCAAAUAUUCUUAAAUUCUACGGGUACUGUAAACGAUCCGGUGGUGGUUUAUCCGUUAUUUCAGAGUGGGCUGAUUAUAAUUUGCAAGCCUACCUUAAUGACCAUCAGUUAGAUCCAACUGAAAAACUAUCAAUUGCGCGUGGAAUUGCUAAUGCAUUAUCUUAUUGCCAUGAGAAGGAUAUUUUACAUUAUGAUAUUAGAACAUGGAGUUCACCAGAAAGAAUUCACGGUGAACAAUACGGAAAAUCUAGUGAUGUAUACAGUUUCGCACUAGUCAUGUGGGCUAUUGAGUAUCAACAAACGCCUUUUAUUACUUUAACUUCAAAGGAAGAAAUCAAACUCCAAAUAUUUAAAAACAAAGACCGCCUAGAACUUACUGCCGUAGACGGUAUACCAGACGAAUACAAUGAUAUUAUUAAAAACUCUUGGAAUCAUAAUCCUUCUGAACGUUAUGAUAUGAAGAAAAUUUCAGGACUAUUGGAUAGGCUAGACCUUAAACAUUUUUCUGGUCAGGAUGCCGAUGAUCUGCUUGAUUUUAACAUCACAAAUAUCGAUAUAAAUCAAUAUCCAUCCAAAUCUGAUAAAAUAGAAGAAGGUAUUGGCCAUCAUAAAAAUAAGAGAUAUGAAGAUGCGUGGAAUUUAUUUAAUGAAUGUUAUAAUGACAAACCUGAAGAUCCUUAUGAAAAUUUUUGGGUGGGUUUUUAUUACUUUAAAGGACAUUAUGUUGAGCAAAACCUUCAAGAAGGAAUGAAAUUCCUUAGAAAAGCUUCAGAGUUGCAUAAUCCGGAUGCUCAAUAUUGGUACGCGUUAGCAUUAUUAAAUAGUUCUGAUGAAUUUGAGGGAGAUGGGUAUGAAGCUGCAAUGAAAUAUUUAAGAAUAUCUGCAACGUUGAAUGAGAAGGCAUUGAAGGUUCUUGGAAGAAUUGUACAGACUGGAAGUUAUGGUCAAAAUGCAAAUGAUCUUGUGGGACAAGCGAUGAUCAAUAAAGCUAACCAUAUGAAAAAUUAG